AUGGGUAGAGUACAAUUUGACUGGAUCUUACCACCAUCUGUUCUUGCCCCUAUCAACUUCACAAAGGGUAUCGUAUGUAGCUCCUCUUCUCAUAGCGUGAUUGAGACUUGUUCCUUCCCCUCUUCAUCAAGGCUUUGGCAUAUACCUGAGGCGACGGUGUCCCCGUCAAGCCUCCGACAACCGUGGCCGACAGCGACGCAUCCGACCGCCCUCCAGACUCUCCUCCUGUCGUCGAAUGGCGCGGCCGCUCCGCGGCUUCUCUGCAGACGCGUCGAGCACGCGAAGCGCGUCGUCGUUCGACUCAACCAGUUUCACCAACGACAAGAAAAGCGUCCAGAUCGACAGGAUGUCUACAAUCCACCGCGGCGCGAGAGACGUCGUAGUGUGGCCGGGCGCUAG